AUGGGAUACACGGUCUCGGUGGAGACAACUCGAGAACCAAGUUUGGGUAAAUGUGAAUUGCGUGAAGACAGCAGUAGAGCAAAUCCCUCUACCAUGUCUGGUCUGUAUAAUCAAAGCUUCUCACCUUCAAGAGCCGCCUCUCCUCAGAUUAGAACCACCUCCGAUGUUGAAAGUCAGUACUUAACUCAGUUGUUAGCAGAGCAUCAGAAGCUUGGACCUUUCAUGCAAGUCUUACCCAUAUAAAUCAUGCGGGUAACCGGAAUGAUGUCGAACCAAGGGUUCACUGAUUUUGAUAGGUUGCGGCAUCGAAGCCCUAGUCCAAUGGCUUCACCAAACCAUAUGUCUAAUGCUCCCGGUGCUAGAUUAGGUGGUUGGAACGGUCUUCCACCAGAGAGAAUAGGUGGACACCAUGGAAUGGCAAUGGAGUGGCAAGGUGCGCCUCCUAGUCCAAGCUCAUACACAGUGAAGCGUAUCUUGCGUCUAGAUCUUCCUGUUGAUACCUAUCCGACUUUCAAUUUUGUUGGAAGGCUUCUGGGUCCUAGAGGGAACUCGUUGAAGCGUGUAGAAGCAACUACAGGUUGCCGUGUGUUUAUUAGAGGGAAAGGAUCAAUUAAGGACCCUGACAAAGAAGAGAAACUGAAAGGGAAGCCUGGCUAUGAACAUCUCAAUGAGCAGCUGCAUAUCCUCAUUGAAGCUGAUCUUCCUGCUGAUAUAGUGGACAUAAAGCUACGACAGGCUCAAGAAAUCAUCGAGGAGUUAGUAAAACCAGUGGAUGAGUCACAGGACUACAUCAAGAGGCAGCAGUUGAGAGAGCUUGCGUUACUGAAUUCAAACCUGAGAGAAAACAGUCCAGGUCCAAGCGGUAGCGUCUCUCCUUUCAAUUCUAAUGCAAUGAAGCGCCCAAAAACCGGAAGCUGA